UCUACUUCAUUACAAGUUUGUUCAUGGCGACCAGGCCAAGCUUGUUGCUGAUUACGCUGGCCGUGCUCUUCCUCUCCUCGCCUCUCGACGUCUUUGCUUCUCGCUCGAAUUUAGGAGCCAAGAGGAUGACGACUUCGACGGAGGCGGAGGCGAUGGCGGCGACGAAGAGUCGCACAGGCUCGUUCAAGAAGGUACAAGUAAUGGAAGGAGAUGAAGAGGAGAGUCGAAGAUUCCGGUCGGUCGUGAACUCGGCGGCGGCGCCGGGCUCAGCGGAAUCGUCGUCGGCGAGACAAGUGCCGACGGGACCAGACCCCAUCCACCACCACGGCGGGCCUCCCCUCGGCCGGCGCCGCCGCCGUUCGCUUCAGCUAGAGCAAUAGAGCGUCACCUUCAUGCAGAAUUUGUCUCUCCUCAGUCCUCAUAUAUAGAUAGAUUUUAUUGAUUUGUUUUCGGAAAUGUAGGAGGUUUUAUAGCUUUAGGAGCUACUGAAGUAGGUUUCUAAUUUAACUUAUCGUGACAAAAUGGAUGCUUGUUCAUGGA